AUGGCUGAUUCUGCGCGUGGACGCGGUGGUUUCGGGCGUGGCGGGCGUGACCGUGGACGGGGCCGACGGGGCCCCCGCCGCGGUGGUCGUAAGGACGAGGAGAAGGAGUGGGUUCCCGUUACCAAGCUCGGUCGUCUCGUGAAGGACGGCAAGAUCAAGUCCAUGGAGGAAAUCUACCUCUUCUCGCUCCCCGUCAAGGAGUACCAGAUCAUCGACUUCUUCCUCCCCAAGCUCAAGGACGAAGUUAUGAAGAUCAUGCCCGUACAGAAGCAGACCCGUGCCGGUCAGCGCACGCGCUUCAAGGCCUUCGUAGCCAUUGGCGACUUCGACGGCCACGUUGGUCUCGGUGUCAAGUGCGCGAAGGAAGUCGCAACUGCCAUCCGCGGUGCCAUCAUCCUCGCGAAGCUCUCCGUCAUUCCUGUUCGUCGUGGCUACUGGGGUGCCAACCUCGGUGAACCCCACACCGUGCCCUCGAAGGUCUCCGGCAAGGUUGGCUCUGUCAUGUGCCGUCUCAUCCCCGCGCCCCGAGGAACUGGUCUUGUCGCCGCCCCCGCGUCUAAGCGUAUGCUCCAGCUUGCUGGUGUCGAGGAUUGCUACACGCAGUCGAAGGGUUCGACCGCGACAAUGGGCAACUUCUUGAAGGCGACCUUCGUCGCUAUCACACACACCUACUCCUUCCUCACGCCCGAUCUCUGGCGCGAGAUUCCGCUCUCGAAGUUCCCCUACGACGAGCACAGCGCACAUCUACAGCACGCGCAGGGCAAGAAGGCGUACUAG